GCUAGACAAUCACAGGAUGUAAGGCAAAAGCUAAUUCCAGCUAUUACAAAAAAAUUACUAGGAUAUCAGCACCAUUCUGGUGUGAUUGAAAAAAUUUUAAAACAAUAUCAUAAGACACAACGUCGAACAGCAACAAUAAAUGCUGAUCUAAAAUUAAAGACCAACAAUCAUGUCAAAAUAGAGAAAAUA